CCGGAAAUGCUGUCAACUUCCGCCCAUUCCGGGGCGGGACUUACUUCGCGGCUAAUCCACUACACUUCCGGGCUGCUGGGCCGCUGAGGUGGCUCCAGGAUGAUGGAGACAGAGCGUCUAGUGCUGCCUCCCUUAGAUCCGCUGGACCUGCCCCUUCGGGCCGUGGAACUGGGAUGCACUGGGCGUUGGGAGCUGCUGAACGCGCCUGGAGCUCCAGAGAGCACCCUCCCCCAUGGCCUCCCUCCCUGUGCCCCAGAUCUGCAGCAGGAGGCGGAGCAGUUGUUUCUGUCCUCCCCAGCCUGGCUGCCUCUGCACGGUGUGGAACACUCAGCCCGAAAAUGGCAGAGGAAGACAGAUCCUUGGUCUCUCCUGACUGCUCUGGGAGCCCCCGUCCCGUCUGACCUACAGGCGCAAAGACAUCCAACCACAGGCCAGAUCCUGGACUACAAGGAGGUCCUGCUGGAAAAUACGAAUCUGUCAGCCACCACAUCCUUGUCUCUUCGCCGGCCACCGGGGCCCGUCUCCCAGUCCCUAUGGGGGAAUCCAACGCAGUACCCCUUCUGGCCAGGUGGGAUGGAUGAGCCCACCAUAACAGAUCUGAGCACCCGAGAGGAGGCUGAGGAGGACAUAGACUUUGAAAAAGACCUUCUUACUGUUCCGCCUGGCUUCAAGAAAGGCAUAGAUUUUGCUCCCAAGGAUCACCCAGCUCCAGCUGCCGGGUUGCUCAGCCUCAGCCGUCUGCUGGAGCCUCUCGAUUUGGGUGUGGGUGAUGAAGAUGAGAGUGAGACGGUUGGGCAGCCAGGGGGUCCCCCAGGGGACGCCGGGUCAGCCUCUUCCUGCAGUGCUCCCCUGGCCCGAGCAAGCAGCUUGGAGGACCUGGUGAUGAAGGAAGCAUCCACAGCUGUAUCCCUGCCAGUACCCCCCAAACCUCCACCUCAGGAACAGUGGGCCAUCCCUGUGGAUGUCACCUCCCCCGUUGGUGAUUUCUACCGUCUCAUUCCUCAGCCUGCCUUCCAGUGGGCUUUUGAGCCAGAUGUGUUUCAGAAACAGGCCAUCCUGCACUUGGAACAGCACAACUCCGUCUUUGUUGCAGCUCACACCUCUGCCGGGAAGACAGUGGUGGCUGAAUACGCCAUUGCACUGGCCCAGAAACACAUGACGCGUACCAUCUACACUUCGCCCAUCAAGGCUCUGAGCAACCAGAAGUUCCGGGACUUCCGAAACACAUUCGGUGAUGUGGGGCUGCUUACUGGGGACGUGCAGCUGCACCCAGAGGCUUCCUGCCUCAUCAUGACAACAGAGAUUCUUCGCUCCAUGCUCUACAGCGGCUCGGAUGUCAUCCGGGACCUGGAGUGGGUCAUCUUUGAUGAGGUCCACUACAUCAAUGAUGCCGAGCGUGGGGUCGUGUGGGAGGAGGUGCUCAUCAUGCUCCCUGACCACGUCUCCAUCAUCCUUCUGAGUGCCACUGUCCCCAACGCCCUCGAGUUUGCUGACUGGAUUGGGCGACUGAAGCGUCGCCAGAUCUACGUGAUCAGCACCGUUGCCCGGCCUGUGCCCCUGGAGCACUACCUCUUCACAGGAAAUAGCCCAAAGACACAGGGUGAGCUCUUCCUGCUGCUGGACUCGCGAGGAGCCUUCCACACACAGGGGUACUAUGCCGCUGUGGAGGCCAAGAAGGAGAGGAUGAGCAAGCACGCCCAGACCUUCGGGGCCAAGCAGCCCACACACCAGGGGGGGCCUGCGCAGGACCGUGGAGUGUAUCUGUCCCUCCUGGCCUCCCUCCGCGCCCGUGCCCAGCUGCCCGUGGUGGUGUUCACCUUCUCCCGGGGCCGUUGUGACGAGCAGGCCUCAGGCCUCACCUCUCUUGAUCUCACAACAAGUUCAGAGAAGAGUGAGAUUCAUCUCUUCCUGCAGCGCUGCCUUGCUCGUCUUCGUGGCUCUGACCGGCAGCUGCCCCAGGUCCUGCACAUGUCUGAGCUCCUGCACCGCGGCCUGGGUGUGCACCACAGCGGGAUCCUGCCCAUCCUCAAGGAGAUUGUGGAGAUGCUCUUCAGCCGCGGCCUGGUCAAGGUUCUGUUUGCCACGGAGACCUUUGCCAUGGGCGUCAACAUGCCAGCCCGGACAGUGGUGUUUGACUCCAUGCGCAAACAUGAUGGCUCCACCUUCCGGGACCUGCUCCCCGGGGAGUACGUGCAGAUGGCUGGCCGCGCGGGCCGGAGGGGCCUGGACCCGACGGGCACCGUCAUCCUGCUCUGCAAGGGCCGGGUGCCUGAGAUGGCAGACCUGCACCGCAUGAUGAUGGGGAAGCCAUCCCAGCUGCAGUCUCAGUUCCGUCUCACGUACACCAUGAUCCUCAACCUGCUGCGGGUGGAUGCCCUCAGGGUGGAGGACAUGAUGAAGAGGAGCUUCUCAGAAUUUCCAUCCCGCAAGGACAGCAAGGCCCAUGAACAGACUCUGGAUGAACUGAGCAAACAGCUGGGGGCCUUAGAGGAGCCUGACGUGACUGGCCAGCUGGUAGACCUGCCCGAAUAUUACAGCUGGGGGGAGGAACUGACAGAGAUCCGGAAUAUGAUCCAGCGGCGCAUCAUGGAGUCCGUGAGUGGGCUGAAAUCUCUCUCGGUGGGACGGGUGGUGGUUGUGAAGAACCAGGAGCAUCACAGUGCCCUGGGUGUGAUCCUGCAGGUCUCCUCCAACUCCAGCAGCAGAGUCUUCACAACCUUGGUCUUGUGUGAUAAGCCCACGUCACAGGAGCCGCAGGACAGAGGGCCAGCCCCUCCAGAUGUGCCAUACCCCGAUGACCUCGUGGGAUUUAAGCUAUUUCUACCUGAAGGGCCCUGUGACCACACUGUGGCCAAGCUCCACUCAGGAGAUAUAGCUGCCAUCACCACCAAGGUGCUCCGGGUGAAUGGGGAGAAGAUCUUGGAAGACUUCAGCAGGAGGCAGCAACCGAAAUUCAAGAAGGAUCCUCCCCUCGCAGCUGUGACCACUGCUGUCCAGGAGCUGCUGCGUCUGGCUCAGGCCUACCCAGCAGGGCCCCCAACCCUGGAUCCUGUAAAUGACCUACAGCUCAAGGAUGUCUCAGUGGUAGAAGGGGGGCUACGGGCACGCAAGCUGGAGGAGCUGAUCCAGGGGGCUCAGUGUGUGCACAGCCCCCGUUUUCCUGCCCAGUACCUGAAGCUGCACGAGCGCACACAGAUCCAGAAGGAGAUGGAGCGGCUACGCUUCCUGCUGUCUGACCAGUCACUGCUGCUGCUCCCCGAAUACCACCAGCGCGUUGAGGUGUUGCGCACCCUGGGUUAUGUGGAUGAGGUGGGCACUGUGAAGCUGGCGGGCCGGGUGGCCUGUGCCAUGAGUAGCCACGAGCUGCUGCUCACUGAGCUCCUGUUUGACAACGCCCUGAGUGCCCUGCGGCCAGAGGAGAUUGCAGCGCUUCUCUCUGGCCUUGUCUGCCAGAGCCCCGGGGACCCUGGGGACCAGCUCCCUAAUACUCUGAAGCAGGGUAUGGAACGUGUCCAGUCUGUGGCCAAGAGGAUUGGUGAGGUCCAGGUGGCCUGUGGCCUAAACCAGACGGUGGAGGAAUUUGUGGGAGAGCUGAAUUUUGGACUGGUUGAGGUUGUGUACGAGUGGGCCCGGGGCAUGCCCUUCUCUGAGUUGGCAGGGCUCUCUGGGACCCCCGAGGGCCUCGUGGUCCGCUGCAUCCAGCGCCUGGCUGAAAUGUGUCGUUCCCUGCGUGGGGCAGCCCGCCUGGUAGGGGAGCCUGUGCUAGGUGCUAAGAUGGAGACAGCAGCCACGCUGCUUCGGCGGGACAUUGUCUUCGCAGCCAGCCUCUACACCCAGUGAAUGACCCCUUAUAAAGGUAGAAUAAAAACAGCAAACCACA